AUGGUUAUUCAGAAUGGAAAACCCCUCUCUAAGAAAAGGAGCAACCGAAUCCUAGUGGGCGAAGUCUAUGACUAUCACCAGGGCACAUACAUAUGUGACUCAGUGCGUUCAUGGACAGUCAGAGCUGUUGUUCAAAUGAAAACCAUUGUGGGUGACACUAAUCUCAAACCAGAUAUUCUGGGUCCCAUCAAGGACACGGUGGAAGUAGAACUUGGAAAGCCUUUAACUCUAAAAUGCAAAGCACGAUUUGGCUUCCAAAGGGACUUUAAACCUGUGAUAAAAUGGUACAUCAAAGAUUCUGACCAGGACUGGGAAGCCACAACACCUGAGAGAAAAAGGAUUAAGUCCACCUUAAAGGAUGAAAUCAUCGAGCGGGUCCUAGAGUUGACAGAGGUUACUCAGAGUGAUCUUCGCAGGAAGUUCGUCUGCUUUGCCCAGAACUCCAUCGGGAACACGACCCAGUCCGUCCAACUGAGGCCCGAGAAGGGAGUGCUGUUCGUGUACGUCCUGCAUGGCACCAUCAUGGCCCUGGUGGGCGUGCUGGCGGCGAGUGCCCUCCUGUACAGGCACUGGAUGGAAAUAGUGCUGCUGUACCGAACCUGCCAGAGCAAGGACGAGACGCUGGGGGAUAAAAAGGAAUUUGAUGCUUUCGUAUCCUAUGCAAAAUGGAGCUCUUUUGAGAAUGAGGCCGCUUCAUCUCUGAGUGAGGAACACUUGGCCCUGAAUCUGUUCCCUGAAGUUUUGGAAAACAAAUAUGGAUAUACCUUGUGUUUGCUUGAAAGAGAUGUGGCCCCAGGAAGAGUGUAUGCAGAAGACAUUGUGAACAUUAUUAAGAAGAGCAGAAGAGGAAUAUUUAUCUUGAGCCCCAACUAUGUCAACGGACCCAGUGUCUUUGAACUACAAGCAGCAGUGAAUCUUGCCUUGAGUGAUCAAACACCGAAGCUCAUUUUAAUUCAGUUCUCUUCCUUCCAGGAGCCAGAGUCUCUACCUUAUCUUGUGAAAAAAGCUCUCAGAGUUUUGCCCACAGUCACGUGGAGAGGCUUAAAAUCAGUUCCUCCCAAUUCCAGGUUCUGGACCCAAAUGCGCUACCACAUGCCUGUGAAAAACUAA